AUGGGAUCUACCAAUAAUUCGAGAAAGAUUUUGGAAAAUAUCACCAAUCUCCUUUCCAAUUUCGAAAAUACGCCAAAAGAGAUAAACGGAAUUCGCGAUACAGCGUGGUUCCGUGUGGGGGAAGAUAUUUUCAAGGAAUUUUUCCAGCUCGGUCAAAGCGUGAACUGGGAAUUUUCAAAAAUUAAAAACCAAGACACAGACAAUUUUCUCUCUAUCGUCGAUCGAAACGCUAAGUGGCUAACGAGUUUUAUAUUCCUUUACCCAAAUUUCCGACUGAAUUGUGAAUUUAUUGGAUCAGCUGAUAAUAUCUGCCAAGUAAGAUCUGGCAUAGACGUUUUUAAUAGAGCAUUUAAGGAAAUAAAUUUAGGAAACAACAUUAUAAUUAAAUUCAACACAGAAGGUGAACUUGAAGAAUUUGAUAGGUGUCUAAAACUGUGGAUAGACGGUGGAUAUCGGCCAGACUUUGUGAACGAGAGAAGUAAUUUAUUUGAGGAGCAUUGGUGGUGGAAUUAA